GCGAGGAGGGGCCGGGGGAGGGGGGCUCGGGGUCGGUCACGGGGGUGGCCAUGGGAGCCCGAACCGGGGCCGGGACCGGCGGCGGCGAGCGGUAGAGCCGCCGGGGAUCAUGGCGGAGAGGCUGGAAUGGGUGGAAAUCAUCGAGCCUCGGACCCGGGAGCGCAUGUACGCCAACCUCAUCACGGGGGAGUGCGUGUGGGACCCCCCCGCCGGGGUGCGGAUCAAGCGCACCAAUGAGAACCAGUGGUGGGAGCUCUUCGACCCCAACACCUCCCGCUUCUACUACUACAAUGCCACCACGCAGAGGACGGUGUGGCACCGUCCCCAGAACUGCGACAUCAUCCCGCUGGCCAAGCUGCAGACGCUGAAGCAGAACACGGAGUCGCCGCGGGCUUCCACGGAAAACAGCCCCGGCAGGAGCAGCAAUGUCAGCAGGGAGGGAAGCACCAGCUCGUCCUUGGAGCAGGAGCUGGAGGGCAACGAGAAGGUGCAGGAGCAGCGCUCGAGCCGCCAGUCCAGCCAGUAUUCCGUGGUGAAGGAGGAAACGGAAAGUUCGUCGCCUUCCGGAGUGUUCGAGAAGGAAUACGACAUUUAUCGGGAUUACAGCGCGGAAGGACAACUCCUGCACUACAGGACCUCAUCCCUCCGAUGGAACGCCGGCACCAAGGAGCGGAUGCUGAUCAAGGUGACGGAUCGGGAGCCCAGCUUCCUCCUCCACCAAGGCAACGGCUACACCUCGGAAAACCAACCUGGCUCCCGCUCCCGCCGGCCCUCGGGUGGCCAACAGUCGCCCAACCUCCAAACCUUCUCCUCGGACGCCGACAACUCCGUCUUCUUCCCGGAGAGGAAGCAGUCGCCCUUCCUGAAGAGGGCCGAGCACGUGGGCAGCUGCUCGCCGCUGCUGGGCCGGGGCGAUUCCUUCUGCUCGCCGCUCCAAGCCCAGCACCGCAAACAUUCCAGCGAAUCCCAGCCCUCGUCGCCCCGCUACGCCUACGAGCCCCCGCUCUACGAGGAGCCCCCCAUGGAAUACCAGGCUCCCAUCUACGACGAGCCGCCCGUAGACAUGCAGUACGAAGCCAGCGGGAGCUACAAGGCCGGGUCGCCGCAGAAGUCGCCCAUCCGGAAGCCUCACCCUUUCCUUCAGUCGCCCAAGCAAGGCUCCAACUCGCCCUACCAGCAGUUGGUGCUCACCAAGCAGAAGUGUCCCGACCGCUUCAUGAGCCUGGAAUACAGCCCGGCCGGCAAGGAAUACGUCCGGCAGUUGGUCUACGUGGAGCAGUCGGGCUCCAGCCCCAAGAUGAAGACGGGCUUGAGGCACAAAUAUUCCCCCAACCCCAUCGGCGGCUCCUACUCGCUGCAGCACAGCCCCUGCCUGGUGCGGGACCAACGCCUGGAGAUCAAAUCGGGCGACUACAGCAGCAUGGAGGGACCCGACUUCUGCCCCGGCCCCACCGGGGCCCAGGUGGCCCAGGGCGAGGACUCCAUGUCGUGGUCCAGCCAGCAGGACACUUUGUCCUCCACCGGUUACUCGCCCUCCACCAGGAAGAGGAAAAGCCGGAAGCCUUCGGUGAACCACGACGCCAACGCCUCCUCCACGGACGGCUCGGGGGAGCGGGAGGUGUUGGGCGAGCUGGGUGAGGAACGAGCCACGCCGGGGCCCAACAGGUCACCGAUGAACCGGACGGAGAGCAAGGCGGCCGAGGCGGAGGCGGCGCGGGGCUUCCCGGAGCCGUUCCUGGCGCAGGCGCGCCUGGCGUGGGAAGCGCAGCAGGCCCACUACCACAUGAAGCAACGGAGCAGCUGGGAUUCCCAAAAGGACGGUUCGGGCUACGAGAGCGACGGAGCCCUCCCGCUGCCCAUGCCGGGCCCGGUGGUGCGAGCCUUCAGCGAGGACGAGGCGUUGGCGCAGCAGGAGAACAAGCACUGGAAGAGGAACACCUUCGAGAAGCUGGGCUUCCCCCAGAUCCUGCUGGAGAAGAGCGUCUCCGUCCAGACCAACCUGGCCUCCCCCGAGCCCUACCUGCAUCCAUCUCAGUCCGAGGACCUCGGCGCCUGCGCGCAGUUCGAGAGCAGCCGGCAGACGCGGAACAUGAUGCCGAGCGCCAGCUGCGUCUUCCCCACCUUCAACCUGCGCAAGCCCUCCUCGGAGACGGACAUUGAGAACUGGGCCUCCAAGCACUUCAACAAGCACACCCAAGGGCUCUUCCGCCGCAAGGUCUCCAUCGCCAACAUGCUGGCCUGGAGCAGCGAAUCCAUCAAGAAACCCAUGAUCAUGACCAACGACCGCAACGUCAAGAAGGAGGCGUGCGAGAUCUUCAAGCUCAUCCAGAUGUACAUGGGCGACCGGCGGGCCAAGACGGACCAGCUCAACGUGGCCUUGGAGAUCGCCACCAAGGGCUGGAGCAUGCAGGGGCUGCGAGACGAGCUCUACAUCCAGCUGUGCCGGCAGACCACCGAGAACUUCCGUUACGAGAGCCUGGCCCGCGGCUGGGAGCUCAUGGCCAUUUGUUUGGCCUUCUUCCCACCCACUCCCAAAUUCCAUUCCUACCUUGAAGGAUACAUUUACCGGCACAUGGAUCCGGUGAAUGACACCAAAGUCUCGCGGCGCCUGCGGCACCUCCUGGCGCGGAGCGCGCAGAAGAAACCCAAACUGCGCAAGAAGCCCAAGGCCCAGAGCCCGGAGAGCCCGGGGGUGGCCAUCAGCACUUACGCCAAGUACUGCUACAACAAACUCCAGAAGGCGGCGCUGACCGGGGCCAAGAAGGGCCUGAAGAAGCCGAACAUCGAGGAGAUCCGUCACGCCAAGAACGCCGUCUUCAACCCGUCCAUGUUCGGCAGCUCCCUGCAGGACAUCGUGGCCAUGCAGAAGGAGCGGUACCCGGACCGGCAGCUGCCCUGGGUGCAGACCCGGCUCUCCGAGGAGGUCCUGGCGCUCAACGGGGACCAGACCGAGGGCAUCUUCAGGGUUCCCGGUGACAUCGACGAGGUCAACGCCCUCAAGCUGCAGGUGGACCAAUGGAAGAUCCCCACCGGCUUGGAGGACCCACACGUUCCCGCGUCGCUGCUGAAGCUGUGGUACCGCGAGCUGGAGGAGCCGCUGAUCCCCCACGAGUUCUACGAGCAGUGCAUCUCCCACUACGAGAACCCCGAGGCCGCCAUCGCCGUCGUCCACUCCCUGCCCCGGAUCAACAAGAUGGUGCUGUGCUACCUCAUCCGCUUCCUCCAGGUCUUCGUGCAGCCGGCCAACGUGGCCGUCACCAAGAUGGACGUCAAUAACCUGGCCAUGGUGAUGGCCCCCAACUGCCUGCGCUGCCAAUCGGACGACCCGCGGAUCAUCUUCGAGAACACGCGCAAGGAGAUGUCCUUCAUCCGUGUCCUCAUCCAGCACCUGGACACCAGCUUCAUGGAGGGCGUCCUAUAGCGGCUGCCACCGCGCUGUCCCCACCCCGCCACCG